ACAAAAUUUGAAAUAAAACUUUAUCAAAUAAAAAGCCAGAUUUUGCCUGAAAUUAGUUGGAAAUUUUUUAAAUCUAACGAGUAAUCAAUAGACUUUUGUCUCACCUAUACUUGAAACAGAAGCUUUUGGUGAUCGCCUUGUCCGUUUGCUAGGAAAAUCUCUGCAAAAAGUGAAGAAAGGGCUUCUUCUGGAAACCCAAGCAGAAAUACAUUUUUGGUUCAGCCCAUUUGAUUACUCAGCUGCCAUUUCCUGCUGAUCUCUCAAUUUGUUCCUUCUUUACGUCUCCUGCUGAAUAUAUCAUUCAGCAGUACGAUCAAACUUGCUUGUUCUCCCGACAGUCCCGCCAACCGCCAAACUGUUUAGUCACAAGAUGUCGACUUUGCCGGCAACGGCGGGUCCCCCUCCGGCGGGUAAGCGGAAAGAAAUCUACAAAUAUGAAGCUCCGUGGACUGUUUACAGUAUGAACUGGAGCGUUCGGCCAGACAAGCGGUUCCGACUCGCUCUGGGCAGCUUCGUUGAGGAGUACAACAACAAGGUGCAGAUAGUCUGUCUCGAUGAAGAGUCCUCGGAGUUCACAUCAAGAAGCACUUUCGAUCAUCCGUAUCCUACCACAAAAAUCAUGUGGAUACCAGAUAACAAAGGGGUGUUUCCAGAUCUGUUGGCCACAAGUGGUGACUACCUGAGAGUAUGGCGGGUUGGAGACACUGAGACAAGACUAGAAUGCCUUUUAAACAAUAACAAAAAUUCAGACUUUUGUGCCCCACUCACAUCAUUUGAUUGGAACGAGGUCGAUCCGAAUCUUCUGGGGACAUCAAGCAUAGACACCACGUGCACGAUAUGGGGCUUGGAGACGGGCCAGGUAAUCGGCCGGGUCAACCUCGUGUCGGGUCACGUGAAGACACAGCUUAUUGCACAUGAUAAAGAGGUGUAUGACAUUGCGUUCAGCCGAGCGGGAGGUGGAAGGGACAUGUUUGCAAGUGUUGGUGCCGACGGUUCAGUGCGCAUGUUUGAUCUCCGCCAUCUUGAACAUUCGACAAUCAUCUACGAGGAUCCACAGCAUCAUCCGUUGCUAAGGCUGGCGUGGAAUAAACAAGAUCCUAACUACCUAGCAACCAUGGCAAUGGACGCAAUGGAGGUUAUAAUCCUUGACGUACGAGUGCCGUGUACCCCUGUUGCUCGGCUGAACAAUCAUCGCGCCUGCGUGAAUGGUAUCGCGUGGGCGCCUCAUUCUAGCUGCCACAUAUGCACUGCCGCCGACGACCACCAGGCUUUAAUCUGGGACAUCCAGCAGAUGCCUCGCGCCAUCGAAGACCCCAUCCUCGCCUACACGUCCUCGGGAGAAAUCAACCAGGUCCAGUGGUCGUCGACGCAGCCAGACUGGAUCGCCAUUUGCUACAACAACUGUCUAGAAAUACUGCGAGUUUGAUAAUUACCGAAGAUUUGAAGGCUGUUAAACAGUUUUCAAAUGGACACUUUUGAUUAGAUUGGACGCGGAGCGAGAAUGACGCAUUAUUUUAAGAGAGUAAUGCAGUGUUUUCCGAGAGUGAUCGAACGUUUUUGUGAGAAUGAUGCAAUGUUUUCUGAGAACGACAGGAAGUUUUCCGGGAACAACGCAUUGUUUUCUAAGAAUUGUAGAAGAUUCUGGCCAGUUUGAUGCAAUGUUUUCUGAGAACGAGAGAAGGUUUUUCGAGAAGAACAUGUUGUUUUCCUAGAAUCGUGGAAUAUUCUGGCGAGUUUGAUGCAAUGUUUUUUGAGACUGGCAGAAUGUUUUCUGAAAACGAUGCAAUUCUCUUGCCGUCUGCUCCUGUCCAAGUAAUUUGGAGAUUGUUUCACAGUUUUCAAAUAUUGACUUCGGUGUUUUUAGAUCUGUAUGAUGAGAGGGUUCAAGAAGUGAACAAAGAUUGGAAUCAAGAAAUACGAUAUUUGCACAUUUGGUUUGAAAAUGGCAAGUUUGUAUGUGUUUUAUCGGGAUGAAAGGCAGAUAUUCUGAGUGUGGGAAAGACUGCUCUGAUUUUUCAAGGUGGGUUAUGAAUUUAAUCAGGGUGAUGCAAAAUCAAAUUCUUUUCUUUUCAAGGUGGCAGAUUUUUUGAUUCGGGUGGCAUUAGAUGGGAUUCCAUUUGGCAGGGUUGCUCUCCUAAACAAAAUACCUGAGGGACGCCACCGUCUGAGAUGAGCAGGGCCAACGUACAAGGUUCUGUCAGGGUUUCUUGGGGAAAAUCACGUCAACUCGAAAUAUAGAAACUCUUUAAAUGGAGAAAUGUUCUUCAGGAAAGAUUUGUCAACUAAAGAUAUGGAAAGAAUAUAGAAAGAGUAUAAGGAAGUCUUUGAAUGUGGAAAUGUUCUUGAUGAAAGCUAUGUCAACUCGUGGUAUAGAAAGUCUUUAAAUGUAGAAAUGUUUUUGAAUGAAGAAACAUGUCUUGGUGUAUCUUUAACAGGUUUGCCAAGAUUGUCAACUUCUGUGGAAUUGUUUCGCACAGUGAAGUUUUUUCAAGUUUAUAAGUGCACAUAAAUGGUGUUCUCAAUUGAAAAUUGCACACCCGUUCUGACGUUGAGUCAAAGACGGUAAUUUUUGUUCCUGUUCCCAUUUUGGGUCCAGGGGUUGUGCGGUAGUUAGCCCUUUUUGGCCUUCAAAAUUAAGUGAGAUAUUGUAGGCUGUCCCUUUGGCUUCAUUCUGUAUUCAUAAGAAGUCCGAGGUCUAGAAUUGUUGUGAUGAAAUCAUGACAUUGGAUAGUUUUAAGGUGAGAUGACUAUAAUGAAAGUUUUGAAUCGUCAUAUCUUGUUGUAUUUUUUAUUGUGAAUUGUGGUGUAGUUAUUGAUUGUGCGUGAAAGUUUUUCAAACAUCUUGCAAUUUUUCACCCAUAUAGUUAUGGAGCUCGAGAUUGGUGGCAGAGUGCUGGUCUCAUAAUCAAGAGGUCGUGUGUUCCACUCUCAGCAAGACGCGUACCCCUACAUUGCUUCUCUCCACCUGGGAGUGUGAAUGGGUUCGGCGCUUGCCUGGGAACUAAACCUGCGAGUAAGGCAGGUGGUGCCUCCUGGAGUUAGACUCAUUCAACAUAAGGAUUCUGCAGACGACAUUUACUUCCAACAUUUUCUCAAAAAGUAUAGCGACGAUGGGAAAACAUUUUAAGGAAGGUUAUUUGUAAAUCUUUGCUCUUAUGAAAUUUUGUAGCAAAAUGAAAUUCAAUUUCACACACAACCUCCACCAUGCCAAUCUACCGUCGUUGUGCGUCUUAUCCAUCCUUUAAGAAGACUUUUGAAUUGAUGUACACCGCCGGAAAGUCGCCAUGAUCAACCUUUACUGGCAAAAUUAGAAUUUAGAUAAUGUUCGUGUUAGUUUUUAUUUUAGUUGGUAUAAAUAAUCAAUUGUUCCAUAUCGUCUGUGACCGGUAGGAGAUGUUAACAAGUUUUGUUGUAAAUUGUUGGACGAUUUUCUAAACUUGGCAGAUGAUUUUGUCGAAGAUGAUGGAAUAACACGACAACCUGUUCUACAGGGUGGUCCAAUAAAGGCACCGUUAGGGACAGGGUAAAAAUAGCACUAUUGUAUUAUUGGUCAUGGAGCGUUUUUUACCAUUCUGUCCUGUACUUUACUUCAAAGGAAUGUGUACUCAAUUGUGGAAUGGUACUAUACGAAUUUCUCAAAAUAGGUUUCUUCUUUUACUGAAGGCAUUAAUGUAAGUUGCGAUUGAAAAGUUGAAAAACAGGCCAAGUUCUUAAGGGGAAGGUUUCUAUAAUAAAUUACUUUAUACAUAAAUAUCAGUUGGGAUUGAAGAUUAAAAAAAUACUUUCCCGUACAACCUUUUAAUUGUAUUAUAAUUAUGAUCACAAGGGUUUUGUAAUGUACAUUAUCUAUUAGUAAGUACUGUCUCUUAUAGUGUGUUUGGAAAAAAAGUGUUGCACGAUAUUGUUAAAAAUUGCUAUGUGACCACCCAGAUUGAUUUUGUUAGUAGUUAGUGUGGUUAGUUGUGUCAUAAAUGAAUAUCCAGACUUGUUUUCAAGGGGUCAUAGGUUCAACUUUCUGCAGGACAAUUUCAGUUUUUCGGUCCUUGAGUAAGAAAGGAGAGCCAUUUUCUCCCUAUCAAUAGUUUUAGAUGAGUUGCUUCAGGCAUAGAAAAUCCAAUGGUAAUUUUGAUAUUUUGCAAAGAACAGCAAAGACUGCCAAGUGCCACUUUUUUGGGACACGCUGUAUCCUGUGUUACCCCGCAUGUAUCUUUGCAAGCCUUGCUGAUAUGCUGUACAUUCGUUGCUAAAGCGAGCUCAAUUUUCAUCUCAAAUACUGAAAUAAUGAUAUUAUAUUAAUUGUUUUAUCUUAACUUGAGGGAGUACUUCAUUUGCUUGUAAUCAUAAUGGUUACUAUACAUCAUAAUCAACUUUCAUCACGCCUUACUGUGCUACUGCGCUAUGACCAUGUUUGUUUCUGAUUACCAGUGGCACAUGUAUAAACAACAUGCACAGAUGAACCUUGCCUUUAAUGACACAACUUUGGUUUUCUGACCGGGAAUCUGGGUGAAGGGAAUUUGACUAUGUGCUUUUGAAAGGCAGGGCCACAUUCCCUGGGAGAAAAAACCAACCACAUUUUACUGGUAGGCAUAUCUGGAUUGGUUUUAUUUUAAAUGAAGUAUUCCCGCCAAGUGCAUGUACCCAGUCAUUGUAUAUGGAUAUUUUAUAAGGUUUUUGAAUAAAUGUCUGUGGACCAUGCUCGA